AUUUAUUUUUAUAUUCUACUUUUACUAGCUGCUCGGGCGGUUCUCGAUAUCGACUAUACGGUAUUAAUAUACGGUAUUAGUAGAUACUUAUACUGUCUCGGUAGGCUAUUUUUUUAG